AUGUUCUUGCCGGAUCUCAAACUAUUUGAAAUCGUAGCCGUCAAAUCCUCCACCCCAAGCAACCACGUCUCCGGGACAAAAAGAACAACUUCCUGCGAAGCAGAAAGUACUUUAUCACGGGGUGGUGGCUGUGAUUAUGAUAAUGGUGAUUAUGAUGAUAAUGAGAAGGCUUUGUCUGAGGCAAUGACAUCAACCCGUCGUCUAGUGGUGGUGGGACCUGGGAGGCUGCUUGGGCUGGCAUUGGUGGAGGACGCACCGGUGGGACCACCGGACGACAUGGUGGUCUUCAGGGAAAAUAAAAUGUUUGAGAGAUCGGAGAGUUGCCUUGUUAUUGUAGAAUUGGAAUGGGAUGAUGAGAGGGAAGGACGAAAGGGAGGGAAGGAAGGAGGGAGGGAGCCCGUAAUGUAA